CUUCUACGGUGGGGUACCAGACCCUACAUAAGAUGCGUCUGAGGACGAGCGGCGCUACAUUGACCCGCCACCAAAGUAACUCAUUCACAUUCGUCCCAUAUUUACCCAUGAAGAGAACACGCCGCCGUACCUUCAUCUCUAGCGUAUCGGUUAGGAAAAAACACGAAACAAGUUCUUCGAGUGAGGAGGAUCAGCACUCACCUGACUUCCGUGUAACCCGCUCGAUUUAUCAAAGGAUUUCUCGACGGUUUCGACGACGACGACGACCAUCACAAUCGUCGGGACCCGAUUCAAUCUCACCCUCUUUUGAUGACACUGCCUCUGUGAGCGACGCCAUAAGCGGUGAUGAAGCUGCCUCACUCAGGAACCAUGUCUCGCGCUCCAUGUUUGAUGCUCGGGAGGAAGAAGAGAUAGUGCCCCGCCAACUUCUACCAUACCUGCCUUAUGUGGAAAAAACAGUCGACACAAACAGUCGGCCUCCGUUUUGGUCGACUAAAGUUUUUGAUCCCGUAAAGACUGUCAAAAACUGGCUCCAAACAUGUGAUCGGCAGCAUCGCGGUCAUGCAGGCUGUUCUUUCGAGUCACAGACGCUGGAUGGCCCGUGGAGUGGUCCUCUGUUAUUGAUCGACGUUGUGAACAAUUGCUUGGUGCCUACGCCUACAGAUGCUACAUCCUACAGAUAUGUUGCGCUUAGCUAUACAUGGGGGAAUAGCCAUGCUUUGUCGACGUGUACCACUACUCACAAUUUUUCGUCGUUUAGAGAGCCAGGCGGACUUAUAGCAGCUGAAGAGACGCUUCCCAGCACCGUGAGGGAUACUGUUGAGUUUGUCCGAAAAAUCGGGGAGCGAUACCUAUGGGUUGAUCGAUUCUGUAUUGUCCAGGAUAUGAUUGUGGGAAAACAGAGCCAGCUUGACGCCAUGGGUAAAAUAUAUGCUAGAUCAUACCUCACUAUCAUCGCUGCACAAAGUGAAGACACAUUCGGUCCGCUAUACAAUCCGAAUCCUAUUGAUAGAGCCUUGACCCACUCUAGUCCACUGCCACUGCUGAGCGGUGCGCAGACUUUGGUGGGUGAAGCGCACUCGCUCAUGUGGUCGACUUGGUAUUCCCGUGCAUGGACGUUCCAAGAAUAUCUCUUCUCAAAGCGCAAAAUAGUCUUCCACAACGACACAGUCAACUGGGAAUGUGGGAUAUCGGCAUGGCAUGAGACCCAGGAAGUUUCAACGACUACUAUACCAGCACUAAGAUCCGAGCACAAUCAUAUUCGCUCGGCCUCCAAAAAUCACCUAAACGACAACUCCACUGGUUUCGAUUUUCCGCCGUGGCCUGAUAUGAAUAGAUAUGCACGUUUAGUUGCGCUCUUCAACGAUCGUAAUCUCACUUUUCCAGAAGACGUUAUGGAUGCGUUUGCAGGCGUUCUUUCGCACCUCAGCCACGUUUUUCCAGGAGGUUUCAUCACCGGGUUGCCCGUCAUGUGUUUUGAUGCUGCUCUUCUCUGGCAGCCGUUCAGUCCCGUGCGGCGUCGCCAAUCAUUAAGACGCCCCAUUCCCGAAUCCACGCUUCCAUCAUGGUCAUGGGCCGGCUGGGCUGGAAAUCUGAACUCACAGGCUUGGAGAAGCGCUGCAAAUUAUCAAUUUGAGGGGGAUCGCACGUAUUCGGUGGACCAGUGUUCUUGGAAAACCACGAGCACCGUCGAAUGGAGUUACUCAUUGACUCUAGAGUCUCCCAAAAAGCCCAUCAAGCCCAGUAUCCAGUAUCUCGACCGUCCCGCCAAUCCGGAAACCCUGAUUAUGAACAAGGCAUGGUCGUGGGUCCAGGAACCCAAAGGCGACUACGUGUUUUAUCAUUCGAAUUUUCCCAUGCAGCCUUUUCGAUAUCCAGUGCCCAUACGUGAUCAGCAUAAAGCGCACAUACCUCCGAUUAAUGCUCGAUACUUGCAUGGUACGACUGUGCGCGCUUCUCUACGUCUGGGAUCUUUAUAUUGGAACGACACAUCGAAAUGCAUGGUCCUCGAACUUCGCACCACAGAAGACAAAUGGGCCGGGAUGCUGCGUUUGAAUGUCAGUAAGUACCACGCCGACAGAAUAUAUGAUAGCGAAGAAGAACGGGAGUUCCCAAGCGUAUAUGAUCGCGAACACAAUAUGUCCUCAAGUAGCGGCGGUAAAAACGAGAGCGGCUUUUACAGCAAAGUCAGUGACUAUGAGAACAAAGGCUAUAGCAUCACAAAUAAAUACGGGAGUGAUGUUAGCGAAGAAGAAAUCGAGUAUAACAGCGGAGAUCGCAGAGAACGCGAUGUAGUCUCGAGCAGCGGCGGUAAAGAUGAGAGCGGUUCCUACAACGGGGGCAGUGAAUAUGGAAGCGAACGCUAUAGCAUCACAGGUCCCUGCGGAAGUGAUGUCGAACGAUACAACCGAUCAGAAACUGUUCAGCUGGUCGAAAUAUCCGCUGGUUCGGUGCGUGAUCAAGACAUUGAAGAACAAAGCUUUGAUGAGUGGCAACAAGAGGGAUGCCCGAGACGCGACGGAAUCUACGAAUUUGUCAACGUUCUUUGGGUGGAUUGGAAAGAAGGAGUAGCAUAUCGAAAAGUGCUUGGGAGAGUUGAGAAGGGGGUUUGGGACAGUCUUGAGAAGGAAACCAUCGAAUUGACUCUUGGAUAG